CGUCAUGAAAGUCUGGAAGGAUCACUCCAGGAUGCCAUUGUUGUUAUAGAAGAACCUGUGAAAACCUUAAGCCUGAAACAAUAAAUUCCUACUGGAGAAAAAGUCCAGAUGUUAUAUGUGACUUUACACAAUUUAUAACAAUUGAGGCAAUCAUGAAAAAGAUGGUGGAGCUCGGCACAUGUAGCUCAAGCAGCUAGGGCACCAGCUACAUACACCAGAGCUGGAGAGUUCGAAUCCAGCCCAGGCCUGCCAAACAAGAAUGACUACGCUCAAAAAAUAGCUGGGCUUUGUGGUGGGUGCCUGUGGUCCCAGCUACUUGGGAGGCUGAGUCAAGAGAAUUGCUUAAGCCCAGGACUUAAAGGUUGCUGUGAGCUGUGAUACCACAGCACUCUACCCAGGGCAGCAGUUUGAGGCUCUGUCUCAAAGAAAAGAAAAAGAUGGUGGAUAUAGCAAAAAAGGUGGAGGUUAAAGAGUUCAAGAUACGGAUCUUGAAGAAAUUCAGGAGCUAAUAGACAUUACACCAGAGAAAUUAACAGAUGACUUGAUGGAAAUGAGUACUUCUGAACCAGUGCCAGACAAUGAGUUAUAACGAGAUGCCUUCCUCCUCUGCCACCCCUGAGGCAGCAAGACAAGCCUUUCCUCUUCCUCCUUCUCAGCCUAUUCAAUAUGAAGAUGAUCGGGAUGAAGACUGCUUCAAUGAACAAUCAGGGAGCAGAAAAACAUGAAGGCACGGGUCAGUCCUCUGGGAUCACUGAUCAAGAGAAGGAGUUAUCCACCAGUGCUCUCCAAGCUUUCACAUCUGGAAAUUAUGAUGCCUGUCUACAACACCUUGCCUGUCUACAAGAUAUAAACAAAGAUGAUUAUAAAAUAAUUUUGAAUACAGCAGUAGCUGAGUUUUUUAAAAGUAACCAAACAGCAACAGACAAUUUGAGACAAACACUUAACCAGCUGAAGAAUCAGGUCCAUUCGGCUGUUGAAGAAAUGGAUGGAUUAGAUGAUGUUGAAAACAGCAUGUUGUAUUAUAACCAAGCGGUCAUCCUCUAUCAUCUGCGUCAGUAUACAGAAGCGAUAUCAAUUGGUGAAAAACUUUAUCAAUUCAUAGAACCUUUUGAAGAAAAAUUUGCCCAAGCGGUAUGUUUUUUGCUUGUAGACCUAUAUAUAUUAACCUACCAAGCUGAGAAAGCUUUGCAUCUUCUUGCUGUCCUAGAAAAAAUGAUUUCACAGGGUAACAAUAACAAAAAUGGAAAGAAUGAGACUGGUAAUAACUCCAACAAAGAUGGAUCUAAUCAUAAAGCUGAAAGUGGAGUUUUAACAGAAGCUGCAAAAUCAAAGAUACAUCAGUAUAAAGUGCGAGCUUAUAUCCAAAUGAAAUCCCUGAAAGCAUGCAAAAGGGAGAUCAAGUCAGUCAUGAACACAGCUGGAAAUUCUGCACCCUCUCUGUUUCUUAAGAGCAAUUUUGAGUACUUAAGGGGCAAUUAUCGAAAAGCUGUGAAGCUUUUAAAUAGUUCAAACAUUGCUGAGCAUCCAGGAUUCAUGCAAACAGGUGAAUGUUUGAGAUGCAUGUUCUGGAAUAAUCUUGGUUGUAUCCAUUUUGCCAUGAGCAAGCACAAUUUGGGAAUUUUCUACUUUAAAAAGGCUCUGCAGGAGAAUGACAAUGUCUGUGCUCAGCUCAGUGCAGGUAGCACUGAUCCAGGCAGAAAAUUUUCAGGAAGACCCAUGUGCACAUUACUAACCAAUAAGAGAUACGAGUUGCUAUAUAACUGUGGAAUUCAGCUUCUUCAUAUUGGAAGGCCUCUUGCUGCCUUUGAGUGUCUGAUUGAAGCUGUUCAGGUUUAUCAUGCAAAUCCUCGCCUUUGGCUAAGGCUGGCUGAAUGCUGCAUUGCAGCCAAUAAGGGGACAUCUGAACAAGAAACUAAAGGUCUUCCAAGCAAAAAAGGAAUUGUACAGUCUAUUGUUGGUCAAGGCUAUCACCGUAAAAUAGUUCUGGCUUCACAGUCCAUACAGAACACUGUUUAUAACGAUGGACAAUCUUCAGCCAUUCCUGUAGCCAGUAUGGAGUUUGCAGCCAUUUGUCUCAGAAAUGCCUUGUUGCUGCUGCCUGAAGAACAGCAAGAUCCAAAGCAGGAAAAUGGGUCUAAAAAUAAUAAUCAAUUAGGUGGGAACACAGAAAGCAGCGAAAGCAAUGAAACUUGCAGCAGUAAAAGCCAUGAUGGAGAUAAAUUCAUUCCAGCUCCACCUUCUUCUCCAUUGAGAAAACAAGAAUUAGAAAAUUUAAAGUGCUCCAUCCUUGCUUGCAGUGCUUAUGUGGCUCUGGCUUUGGGUGAUAACCUUAUGGCUUUGAACCAUGCAGAUAAACUUCUCCAGCAGCCGAAGCUAUCAGGAUCUCUUAAGUUUUUGGGCCAUUUAUAUGCUGCAGAAGCACUCAUCUCUCUCGACAGAAUAUCCGAUGCUAUUACUCACUUGAACCCGGAGAAUGUCACUGAUGUCUCCUUAGGGAUUUCUUCAAAUGAGCAGGACCAAGGAUCAGACAAAGGUGAAAAUGAAGCAAUGGAAUCCUCUGGGAAGCGAGCCCCUCAGUGCUACCCUAGUUCUGUCAACUCUGCCAGGACCGUGAUGCUGUUCAACCUUGGCAGUGCUUACUGCCUCCGAAGCGAGUAUGACAAAGCCCGAAAGUGUCUCCACCAGGCGGCUUCAAUGAUCCAUCCUAAAGAGGUACCCCCUGAAGCCAUCUUGCUUGCAGUCUACCUUGAGCUGCAGAACGGUAAUACCCAGCUGGCCUUACAGAUCAUCAAGAGGAAUCAGCUGCUCCCUGCAGUGAAAACACAUACAGAUGUGAGAAAGAAGCCAGUAUUUCAGCCCGUCCACCCAAUCCAGCCCAUCCAAAUGCCAGCUUUUACCACUGUACAGAGAAAGUGAUAUUACACUUUUGGAAAACUGUUACCUGAGACCCAGGGCAGUAUUUACUGCCUUUUUAAUUGUAUCAUAGCCAAAUGAAUAAAAAACAGACAGUGAAGGUUGUUAUUUUUGAAGACACAAUGUCAAGACAAUUCUACCCAACAUUUUUGCCAGAAGCUUACUUAAAAUUAAGGAUUCACAAACUCAUUUUCAGCUGUUUUAAUUUUUUGCCUAUUAAUUUUGAGCCAUUCUGUGAUGUAUGUCAUAGGCAAUUAAAACACGAUCUUAUCAGAA